UUGAGAAAGCACCGCCCACUCUUCUUGAUAGCCCGAACGUCGCUAUAGCGGCCGGCGGAAGCGUGGAAAUCACUACAAGCAAUAUGGCUGGGCGCCUAUUGGCAGCCGCUGGCUCGUGGGCGAGGGCGGGGCCCAUCGGGAUCCAGAGAGUGACCUCGACGACCGUUGUACCCUCGCGAAAUGUCAUCGCCACCCCGACUGGUGGCAUCUUGCCCAAGCCCGUUAAAAUGCCCUUCGGUCUCCUUCGUGUGUUUGCCAUUGUAAUUCCCUUCCUCUAUGUUGGGACACAGAUCAGCAAAAACUUUGCAGCCUUGCUUGAGGAACAUGAUAUCUUUGUGCCAGAGGAUGACGACGAUGACGAUUAAUAGGGUUGCACUGAAAGAACACCAUAGAUGAACUAUUGUGACAGGAAUGUCUGCUUGUGACCUCCUCCCUUUACUUUGUAAAGAAGGCAUUAGACAUCUGUCAUAUCAAUGAAUGCUCUCUGCAUGUCUAAAUGAAGAUAACCUACAUAUGUGUGUAUACAUAUAUGCUUGUUGGUUCAGCAGUCAUUGUAUGUGGCACCAUUUAUGUCAUCUGAAAGAGUGCUUGGGAUCCUGCUCUUUUACAUUAGGAAUAUAAAUAUUUCUAUUUAAAAAUUGAAGUGAUUGAAAUUAUAAAGAAUGAUAAACCAAGA